AGGCCCCUCUCCGUCCGCGCUGAGGGGGCAUGCGACGUCGACUAGCUGCCGCUGUCUGUCAAGGCUCGUCUCCCGCAGGAGAGCCGCGGUGCGGAUUUUUUUGUUUUUAAUUUUGUUGUCUUUUGUUGGAUAUCGCUAAGCGUCCGGCAGCCAUGCCCAUGUACCAGGUAAAGCCCACCUGCGGGGGUGAGAUAAAGGUUGACUUGCCCGUUUGCAUGUACAAGCUGCCCAAUAUCCACACGCAGCAGGGGGACGGCUGCCGCUACCAACUCCAGAAUGGGGAUGUUGAGCCGGCAGUCAAAGCCCUGGAGGCCCGGCAGGAUGAGAUCAUGCGGAAACUUUAUGAGCUGAAGGCAGCUGUGGAGGGCUUGGCCAAAACGGUGACCACCCCAGACGCUGACCUGGACCUGACAGUCGGCGGCAGCUUGUCCCCCAACAGCCACAGCUCCACACUCUUCGCAGGGACCGCUGACCUGGACACGCUACUGGGCAAGGACCCAGGUGCCCUCCGGGACAUCGUCAUUAAUGCCAACCCAGCGCACCCUCCCCUGACUCUACUGGUGCUCCACGGGCUGCUGUGCCAGCGCUACCAGGUGCUCUCAACUGUCCACACCCACUCUUCAGUGUCUGGGGUGCCCCCACAGCUGCUUUCCUGCCUUGGUCCAGGCCACGCAGACAGCUACAUCCGUCAACGCUUUCAGCUGGGCUUCACCCUCAUAUGGAAAGAUGUCCCCAAACUCCAAAUGAAGUUCAGCGUGCAGAACAUGUGCACCAUUGAAGGUGAGGCCAAUGUAGCGCGUUUCCUCUUCCGCCUACUGGCUCCCUACCCCAGCGACCCAGCUCUUGCCACGCUGGUGGACAGUUGGGUGGACACGGCGUUCUUCCAGCUGGCUGAGGGCGGUGCUAAGGAACGGGCCGCCGUACUCCGCGCGUUCAACGCCGCCCUGGGCCGUGACCCCUGGCUCGCUGGCCCCGAGCUGUCCCUGGCCGACAUUGCGUGUUACUGCUGUGCCCUGCAGAGUGGAUCGGUCUCAUCUGCCCCGGCUAAUGUCCAGCGGUGGCUAAAGGCCUGUGACAACCUGGGUCACUUCCGCCCCAUUAAACCCCUGCUGCGUUGACCAGAACUACCCCUUAACCAAGAUACCUGCCCCAGAAGGGUGUUCAAUUCUCCAUACAGAGAGAGUGAGGAGGAAAGGUGAUAGAAUAUUGAAAUUCAAAGGCCGUGUCUGAAAUCUCUUCGAAUGCUUCCCUCCUCACCUUAACAGCAGCCUGGUGUAGUGAUGGGAAAAAAGUUAACCUUUGUUUCCACCACUUCGCACUGCUGUAUCAGAAGGGAUUAUUGAUGUUCUGUGAGGAAGGAAGUAUGAGAGGACUGUACGGACGGGGCUUUGGUUAUGCGUAAGUCAAGAGUAAUAAAUGCUGUUAAGUCAAAGGUAAACACACACACACACUGUACAUCUCCCUCCCACGUUGUGCCUAUUAUGACUGUGUUCAAGAUGCUGUGUGUGGCAUGGGUUUUACGAGCUGUUUUAAAACUGAACGGUGGAAACUUGCAGGCAGCAGGGCCUACUGAGGUAAUAUGUGCAGUACGAAAAAGUAAUACUUUGUGGUAUUGUUUUUCUUAAAACAUUAAAACUUACUCUUUGGAUCAAA